UUCUGGCAAGACCUCGGUGCAUAAAGCUGUCAGAUUUUGCGUUUAUUCUAGGGCCAAGAAGAGUUCGUUUCUUUUUCGUCAAUUACAAGUCUCGGAAGGCGUAACAUUAUGAAAAUCAACUUAUUUAUCUGAUAAUUUCCUGUGGUAUUAUUUCUGAUUAAUUUUGUUUCACAAGUCACUCCUAAACUAUUCACCUUAACUUACUUUAUAUGAAUUAUUGGAAACUUAGUUUUUGUAAAAAGUUUUGUCUGGAAUGUGUACAAAACAAUGUCUACUGCGCCACUUUUGAUAAAGAAACAUGCUCAUCAGACAGUUGGCAACAUCUAGUCGUUAUGACCUGCUGAAUGGUGUAUUUAUCAAAUGAUAACAGGCAGAAAAUCUCAAGAAAUACUUCCAAGAUUUUUCUUCAACGUCGCCUGGGAUCAUUGCCGUAUGAAAAUACGAUUACGAUUAGCCGAUCAAAAAUAGUAGAUCAGAUUUUCAAGAAGACUUGUUCAUCACUAUAAGUUUCGAGUCUGAGUAAGACUGUUUAUGGUUGUUGUUUUUUAGGGUAGUUUAUAGUAAGUCGUUAUAUUUAUCAGGCACUUUCAUGUUCCUGUGAAUAGUGCGAGGUUAAGUAACGUUCUCAUCUUAAAACUUUUGUUUUGUUUUAGGCUAAGCGUUCCCGAAGAAGCUUCUGAUACCGGAAUAUUUUUUUGUCUAAGUACGUUAACAUGUUAGUACUGUAGCUCCAUUGAAUUCUGAUGGUUAACAAAACGUGAUACAGUCAUCAGAUAAAUCUCAUCAUCUGACAGUUCUCUCACUUCACAACGAUUAAAUCGCAGGAUCUGUAUAUUUUUUUUCGGUCUGCGAUCAUUUUAUGGUGGUUGUGCAUAUACACUUCCCGUUUUUACUGAACCACGAAACUGACAUGACAUUUGUGCACCUAGAAGAGCGACAUCUGUCUUGCCUCUCACUUGUUUUAUAUAGCGAGUUGUUUUCCACUAUUCUGCGUUUAGUGAGUUUUAAAUAUGAGAAGUUUUAAGCGGCAAGUAACCUAGUGACUUUGCUUUGAUGAUGAGCAGUGUAGACAUAGGAGUAAACGUCACACACAGUUUUACUACAAUGGAAUCAUCCAAUGUUUUCGAUGUAGAAACCUACAUAAGCCAGCGACUGGGACCUAAACGCUUACCUCUCAACUGGCUGAUUCCUUUAACAACUGUUUAUUCUUUGAUAUUUUUGUCAGGAAUGAUAGGUAACGCCUGUACGUGCCUUGUGAUUGCACGGAAUCAAUACAUGCAGACGGCCACCAAUUGUUACCUGUUUAACUUAGCUGUGGCUGAUAUGCUGACUCUGUUAUUUGCUAUGCCACUGGAGCUCUACACUCUUUGGCAUCAGUAUCCAUGGGAGCUAGGAAACGUCAUUUGUGAGCUACGUGCUAUCAUACCAGAAACAACGGCUGAUGCUUCCAUUCUCACCAUUGUGACAUUCAGUGUAGAACGCUAUAUAGCUAUCUGCCAUCCAAUCCGUCAGCAGACCAAGUCCAAGCUAUCUCGCGCCAUUCGUAAUAUCGUUAUUAUAUGGAUACUUUCUUUAGCAGGAGCAGCUCCAUAUGGACUCUUUAACCAGAUCAAUUACCUGAAAGACGACAAAAAGAAACAACUGUCUGAAUCGGCUUGGUGCGGGUUUCCUUUCCACGAACCGGAUAAAAGCUGGGAAACAUUAAUGGUGUGCUCGACUUUUCUCUUUUUUGUAGUUCCUGUCACACUGAUCAUUAUUAUGUAUAUCAGGAUAACCAUGACUCUCCAUCGAUCUCGCAAAAUACACAGGUGCACGUCAGAGGGGAGCACCAAGUGUCAAGGAGAAGGAGAACGUACGAAAAUUCACUCACAAAGGAUAGCAAUUAGACUUUUAGCCGCUGUUGUGGUCGCAUUCUUUGUGUGUUGGGCUCCUUUUCAUGCCCAACGACUGCUUUUCGUUUUCGUAUCUCUUUAUUCGGAGUGGACAGAAACGUUACGGAAAGUCAACCAUUACCUAUUUACUUUGGCAGGGUGUUUUUACUAUUUCAAUUCCACAAUAAACCCAAUUCUAUACAGCGUUAUGUCGAACCGAUUUCGAGUGGCGUUUAGAGAGAAGUUGUGUACUGGUGAACCAAACAUUUGGUGUAUUUGCUGUUGUUGCUGGUGUUGUUGGGGUCGACAAGAGGAAGGAAAACCUCAGAAAAAUGGUACGUACAGAAACUCUAGCUCUCAAGGCUCAGUUCGGUCUUCGUUUAACAAUCCUAUAAAUAACACAAGGGUUAAGAAAGGAAAGUUGUCUAAUCGUCUGAGAAAUUUGGAAAUUGAGAUCAAUGCUGAGAGAAUUCCAGCCACGUUGUCAUGGACAAGAAAUCCUCUGUAUGAUUCCAUUGAUGUAGGUCGACAAAACCAAGGAUCGCUUCAACCACUACAGUCUUCUCCAGCAGAUGAGGAGUCAAAUGCACUUCCAGAGAAAUGUUUCAUUUCUAAUGCUGUUACAAAUGGAAUUACAGAGUUAAUCGUCGAAGAUCCGGAAAAAUUAGAACUGAUAGAGGAACUGGAUGAAGCCCUUCGACCUCAACUAGCACGACUUUCGGAAGAGGAAGGUGAAUGCGUGGACUGUGCUAGUUGUAAUAAGCUGUUCACACCGAAAAUGAUUAAGCCAAUGGUAUACAUUCCAGUUGCUAGAUCUAUUACAUCAGACAUAAAUACCAUUGAAGAAUCUAUUAGAAUUUCUACAGCUCCGGCUGAAUCUGUGGUAUAAAAAGAAUAAAUCCAAUUUCAAGAAUCACUUAAGGAAAGAAGAUUUGUUUUUCUUAAGACUACAGGGAACAAUACUCUAAAAUCAAAGGAAAGAACUCUUUUCAUUGUGGCUUCAAGGCAAAAGCUUUUGAUUAAUUUAUUCUGAAACUGCAAAGGUCCGUUACUCACACUAAAAGUCAUUGAGUCUACAGUGUGGUUCCUAAACAAAAGUAUUGCUUAAUGUCUGGCGUCAGAAAACACAAAAAUGAGUAUUUAAUCUGAUUCCAGUUAAAACAGUUGAGACUAUAUUUGGUAUGUGAAAAACGCCGAUCACGUAAUCUGAAGUCCUACACCAGAUGAUAAGCCGAAUCCUGGGGUACAAAAAGCUACGUGUAUAGUUUAACACCAGUAUAAACUGGGGCCCUGUUCUAACAUUAUACCUCAUUAUAAUUCAAAAUCUCAUAUAAGUAGUUUCAUAACAAAUGAAAUAGGGAGUCUGCUUUCUGGCAUGAGAAGAAAAGACGAUUAUGUAGUCCAGCUACAAGUAAAAGAAAAACAACUGAGUCCAAAUUGGGGAUGUGAGAAGAACCCCUAAAUUCAUAUUCUGAUACCGGGUUAGAUGUUGAUUCGUAUUCUGGUGUGGAAAGAAAAACUGAAUAGGUAUUAUGAUGCCAGAUGAAAUGAUGAGUCACUAUUCUGCUAUGAAAAAAUCUAAAUAUUAAAUUUGACAUUAGACAAAAAUGAAGAUGAAAUAAGGAGAACAAGGACACAAUAGAAAUAACUGAAUAAUGAAAUAUAUCGUCCCCAAAAAAAUUCUUAAUCUAAGUAUAUUCAUAAAAAAUUUUAUUGUUGUUCUAAUCUAUUUCAAAUCUUAUAUUUAUUGUUGGUGUGACGACGUGUCAUCGUUGUGUGUGAAUAAAG